UCGAGACUGAUAGAGAUGUUUAGGGUUUCUUGAGGUUCCAAGUUUUGGCCAUCAGCGUGACAGGGUAUAUAUAGAGAGAUCAUAGGGAUAUUUAUAUACACACAAUGAUGAUAGAUUAGUUAGCUUAGGGUUGAAUCGGGACUGUUAGGGAAUAUUGUUAUUACUGAAUGCAUGAAGAAAAUUCCACAAAAGCUAAAGUUAAACAAAUUAAUCUAAUGGGAGACAAAAGUGAGCACAGUGAAAUGAUAUUACUAUUAUUCUUGAGAUGAAAUGUCAUAGUCAUUCUUUAAGGGACAUACCCUCUCCUCCUCUUCCUGUUUAUUAAUUGUUCAUUUGUUAUUAUUACACUUUGUCUUUUGCUCUUUCUCCUUCCUCUCCACUAAAAUUUUUCUCUUUUUUCCCCCUUUUUAUUUGUUUGUUUGGUUUCUUUAAAUUCUCAGCUUCUAUACAAAUCUUUCUCAAUUAUAUUCUUCUUGAAAUUAGGGUUUCCUCUUUCUUUGAGAGGGCUAAAACCCUAAUAUAUCCUUCUCAUUGACUAAAGAGUUAAGCCUACUCUGUCUACUUUGGAAGCGAUAUUCAAAGGGUAAGAAAAAAGCCCUUGAAAGAGGAAGACAGAUACAAGAUCCUCAAAGAACCUGAAGAUCUAAAGGCAGGUUGUAAGAAACCAAUAAAAGAAAGAACAUGGCGUCGUCAUCAAACUCAUACAACUCACCAUGCGCGGCGUGCAAGUUUCUUCGCCGGAAAUGCAUGCCGGGAUGCAUAUUCGCGCCAUAUUUUCCACCGGAGGAGCCACACAAAUUCGCCAACGUCCACAAAAUCUUUGGAGCAAGCAACGUCACGAAGCUCCUCAAUGAGCUCCUCCCUCACCAACGUGAAGACGCAGUCAACUCCUUAGCCUAUGAGGCCGAGGCACGUGUCCGUGACCCAGUCUAUGGCUGCGUCGGAGCCAUCUCUUAUCUCCAGAGACAAGUCCAUAGGCUUCAGAAGGAGCUCGACGCAGCUAAUGCUGACUUGGCACAUUAUGGUUUGUCCACAUCAGCCGCCGGAACACCUGGCAACGUCGUGGACUUGGUUUUCCAGCCUCAGCCGCUUCCGCCGCAGCAACCGCCUCCGUUGAAUCCGGUUUAUAGGCUUUCGGGGGCGAAUCCGGUGAUGAGUCAGAUGCCACGUAGCACCGGAGGGUCGUAUGGGACUUUUCUUCCUUGGAACAAUGGUCAUGAUCAGCAAGGUAACAUGUGAGAUUUUAUAAAUUAUGUGUACUCAUUCUCUCAUCUCUCUCUAUAUUUAUGUGUGUGUGGUACGAAUACGAUAUUAUUUGUUUAAUGCAUGGACUGUGUGUGGGAUAUUAUUUCCUAGCGAAUUAUAAAUGCAUAAACUGUUCUUA